AUGGAAAAUGAAACACAAAACGUUAAUGAAGCUAAUCUUGAUAAUAAUGAUAAUGAUAAUGUUAAUGUUGAUGUUAAUUUGAAUGCUAGUGAUAAUGUUGAUGUUAAUGAUAAUCCUAAUGUUGUUGAUGAUAAUGUUGAUUUUCACACUUUUGAUAUAUUUGAUCCAAGAAAUUGGGAUGCUCUUGAUUCUAAUAUGAUAAAUAUUUUAGUAUUGAAAGGUCCUAAAAGAGAUUUUUCUAUUACAAAAGGUCCUAAAGAUAAAUAUUUAAGAAGAUUUUCUGCAACAUAUUAUACUAAAACUUUACCAAAUGGGGAAAAAUAUUGGAUACAUCUUAACACUAGAAUUAAAGAGCAUGAAACUAGUAUGGAACAUGUUAAAAAUAUAAAUACUUGGUAUGAUUUGCGUUUAAGAUUACAAAAAAAUAAAACUAUUGAUAAUGCGGCUCAAAAACAAUUAGAAAAAGAAAAAGUUCAUUGGAGACAAGUUUUGUUGAGAAUUAUUUCUAUUGUGAAAUUUCUUGCUAAACAUAAUCUAGCUUUUCGUGGUACUAAUGAGAAAUUGUAUGAAGAUAACAAUGGAAAUUUUUUAGGAUUAUUUGAAAUGUUGGCUGAGUUUGACAUGGUUUCUUAUGACCAUAUACAACGUAUUACAAAUGAAAUUGGUAUCCAUAAACAUUAUAUUGGGCAUAGGAUACAAAAUGAAUUAAUACUUUUGCUUUCUUCAGAAAUAAAGUCUAUGAUUAUUAAAAAGAUAAAAAAUGCAAAAUAUUUUUCAAUAAUACUUGAUUGUACUCCCGAUAUAAGUCAUCAAGAGCAAAUGACUAUUAUUUUAAGAUAUGUAGAUGUCUCGUCAAAUGUUGUUUGCAUUGAAGAAUCUUUUUUAGGGUUUUUAGAUGUAAAUGAUACAACCGGCCAAGGACUCUUUGAUGUUUUACAAAAUGAAUUGAAUUUGCUUGAUCUUGACAUUAAUAAUGUACGUGGCCAAGGUUAUGAUAAUGGAUCAAAUAUGAAAGGAAAACAUCAAGGAGUGCAAAAAAAGCUUUUAGAUAUAAAUUCAAGGGCUUUUUAUACUCCUUGUGGUUGUCAUAGUUUGAACUUAACUUUGUGUGAUAUGGCUAAUACUUGUGGUAAAGCUAAAAGUUUUUUUGGAACAAUACAACGUAUCUAUACAAUUUUUGCAAAUUCCACUAAGAGAUGGCAAAUUUUAAAAGAUAAUGUGAAAGGGUUAACUCCUAAAUCGUUGUCAUCCACUCGUUGGGAGAGUCGUGUUGAUAGUGUUAAAGCUAUAAGAUUUCAAAUUUUCGAUAUACAAAAAGCUUUACUUCAAGUAGCAAAAAAUGAUAAUUAUCCAAAAAUAACAAGUGAAGCUAAAUCCUUAGCAAAAAAUGAACUUGGCAACUUUGAGUUUAUAUUGGCAUUAGUAAUUUGGUAUGAAAUGUUAAACACUGUUAAUUUAAUUAGCAAACAAUUGCAAUCAAAAGAUAUGCUUAUUGAUGAAUAUAGAGAAAAUGGGUUUUUAAAUGCCUUACAAACUGCAAAAGAUAUUGCCUUAGAAAUGGGCAUUGAUCCAAUAUUUCCUAAAAAACGUGAACCUAAAAUAAAAAAACAUUUUGAUGAGAUUUCAAACGAUACUUCUUAUAGUUUUUCACAAUCCGCCCAAGAGAAAUUUAGGGUUAAAUAUUUUAUUUAUAUUGUUGAUCAAGCAAUUACUUCUUUAACUACAAGGUUUGAACAAUAUCAACAAUAUGAUAAAAUAUUUGGCUUUUUGUUUAAUUCAGAAAAAUUACUUUCAUUAGAUGAUAUAACCUUAAAGUCUUGUUGUAUGUCUCUUGAAACUUCACUCAAGAAAGAUGAACAAUCGGAUAUUGAUGGGAAUGACUUAUAUGUUGAAUUAAAAUUACUUUUACAUCUCUUGCCUAAGGAAAAAUUGACAGCAAUUGAUAUCCUAAAUUUUUUAAAACGCGUUGAUUGUUUUCCUAUUACAUCUAUUGCAUAUAGAAUUAUGUUGACUAUUCCUGUUACUGUUGCAUCUGCAGAACGGAGUUUUUCAAAAUUGAAGAUUUUGAAGUCCUACUUAAGAUCUACAAUGACUCAAGAACGACUUAAUGGAUUGGCUUUGAUGGCGAUUGAGCGUAACAUGUUGGAUAAAGUUACUUAUGAAGAUGUUAUUGAAAAUUUUAUUUCAUCGAAUAUUAGGAGGAUGACUAUUUUCAAGUAUCUAAUAUUUUAUCAAUUUCAGCUUAAAAGAGACGAACCAACAAAGAGAAAGAAUUCUUCCAAAAUUUUCAAGAAUAAAAUGAUUGAAAAUUUAUCUAAUAUUACCGGAAAAAACCUUUGGCUUUCAAGAUUAAAUACUCUUUAUUGGUUUAUGGAUGACAUUCUUUAG